UAAGAAAUACCGAGGAAACGUCGUACAACCCUAGGGGCAUUUCGACAACAGGCAGCUAACCCCCUUACUUGAUUCAUCAUGACAGUCGUGACAAGUUCAAUUGCACCGCCGGAAGGAGUCUUUGUUCCAGUGCCAACAUUCUUCAAAUCCUCGCCAGUACCACCAGCACUCCAAGCUCCUCUGGACAUCGAGGCACAAAUUCAACACAGCAUACACCUUGCCAAGAAUGGUAUCCGAGGGCUCGUACUCUUGGGUAGCACCGGGGAAGCCAUUCAUCUUUCUCGCGAGGAACGAUUCGAACUUAUUUCAGGAGUCCGAAAGGGACUGACUGAGGCGGGUUUCUUGGAUUAUCCGAUUAUGGCCGGAGUUUUGACAAAUUCUGUGGACGAGGCCCUGGAAUGGCUGGCUGAUGCGGAGAGAGCUGGUGCUCAAUGGGGCCUCGUGCUUGCUCCUGGGUAUUUCGGAGCAGCUGCCAACCAGGAAAAUCUGCAGGAGUGGUACACGCUUGUUGCAGAUUCGAGCCCAAUUCCAAUUUUGAUAUACAAUUACCCUGGGGUUACAAACAAUAUCAUAGUCAGCCUCGAAACGUAUACCAAACUUGCCGCUCACCCGAAGAUUGUUGGCUGCAAGAUGUCACACGGAAAUGUCUCACAUCAUGUACAAGUAUCAUUAGAUCCUACUAUCGAUCAUUCGAAAUUCCGUGUAUUCAGUGGAUUUGGGCAGCAGUUGGGACCUAUAGUUUUGUUUGGGGCAGCAGGUGUGAUUGAUGGUCUUGCAGCUAUAUAUCCUCGCACCGUGUCUCGACUUUUUGAUCUUGCUGCUAAACGUCCCGUCACACCUGAAGCGUUGAGUGAGAUACAAUUGCUGCAGUUUGCUGUGAGCCGGGCAGAGGAAAUGGUUGGGAAAUGGGGGAUCGUGGGUAUCAAAGAGGGUAUUUAUCAAGUAUUAAAGAUUGGCAAUUUACAAGGUGGGAGACUCCCAUUGAAGGGAAGAAUGCCCAAAGGGGAGUGGGAAUCCUGGAGUGUAGCUAUGGAUGCCAUGAAAAAGCUUGAAGAGGUUUAAUAGUAGCUGAUCGCAGAAUUCAUUUAAUUCAAGCAACGUCUCAAC